GCGGGCGGGCGCCGAGUUGCCAUGGCGGCGCCGCGGAGCACUGUGGGCCGGCGGGCGGCCAUGGCGCCGGCGGGACGGAGGUCGCGGCUGUUCCGCUGGCGGCGCCUGGCUGCCCCGACCGGCCCGCAGGACAGGUUUGACUCCGACAGCGCGGAAUACUGGAUGAAGAGAGUGGAGCAAGCCUCUGAGUAUGCUGUUUCUGAAGCUUUUUCCCUUCAAAAGCCGAGGUACCCGCAAGGGCUUUGUGAUACUGCAGUGAGGCUAGAAACGGUGGAACAGCUGCAAGAGCACGAUGAGGCCUGUAUGGAAGCUCGAGAGCUGCUCAGUAGCUGGACUAAGUCCAAACUGCAACUGCAGCUGACAAGUGAUGGAGAAGCAGAAGUUGGCUCUGUCCCGGAAAAUCCUACAGGCCUUCUGAAGUAUAAGCGCUUUGAUGACUUGUACAACUAUCUGGAACAUGAAUUGGAAAGUUCUUCUGUCCAAGAGUACCUACAGCAUCUUUUGCAGAGUGAAGUUGUGAAUUGUGGGAUAGUGGAAAACCUUAGACUUGAAGACAUCAAGGGAAAACAAAAACCUGCAGAUCCACGAAUAACCAUGGAGCUCAGACACAAGCAGGUAAAAGAAAAUCGACUGAGGCGUCAGAAGGCAUUAGAGCUUCAGAGACAAGAAAAGGCUCUGAGGAAAGCCAUUCUGUGUGAGGCCAAGCUUCAAAUACAGGAGGAGGACAGAAGGAAGGCCCUGAAGGCAAAAAAGGAGGAGGAGGAGAUCCGGAGGGAAAUGGUGAAGCUACGAAAGGAAAUGGCUGAGAAGAGGCAAACUAUGGCAGAAGCAUGGAGAAUAGAACAGAAAAGGGAACAAGAAAAAAGCCAGAAACUGUCAAUGCAGGAGGUAUCUAUUAAUGUGUCACCACCCAUGGACCUGAAGAAAGACGACCAAGAAAAGGAGAAACAGAGGAAGGUUCAGGAGCUGCUGAGCAGAAUUCAUACCAGUAAACAGAGAUGCAUGCAGCGGCAUUUCUCUGCUUGGUUCAGACUCAUUCUGGAGCACAGAAUUAAAAUGGAGAAAGCCAGAGCUCUUGCUGACUGGAAAUGCCAACAGAAGGUCCUGCGAGCAUGGCGAAACUACACAUGGGCCCAGAAAGUAGAGCGGGAGACGCAGCAAUUAGAAGUUCAUCUGCAAGAUCAAAACAGGAAAGACCAACUGUCUGCAGAGCAUAAUCAGCGGCGCCUUUUGCGCUGCUGCUUCCUGGCAUGGCAGCACUGGAGCCAAGCAGAGGCAGAAAGGCGAGAGCUGCAGCUCAAGAGAGAGGAGACAAAGAGGAAGAUGGCACAGCUGUUGGAGGCAGUGUCACUGGGGAAGAGUGGAUUGAACAGAACGCUGGAGGUUAGCAAGUCUGAGACAGCAAAAGUAAACCAGCAUCAAGUUUUGCAGCAAGAUGAGCCACCUAAAACAUGCCUCAUGCAGGAAGAACCUGACCAGACCAGAGACCACUCUUGUGGGGAUACUGCUCACACAUCUCAUUCUUAUAGAAAACCCAAGUUUGCCUGGCAGAUCACCCUCAAACAUGCAGCCCUGAGUGCCCAGGACCAGGUUAUGUACAGGAAUGAAAUAGCUGGUCUUCCCAAGCAGUUUCAAGCACCCAACUCAAAGACAGCUCCUGCUUACGGUAGCUGUUUUGAGUACCGUCACGCCUUCCAGCAACAUCUGAUUGAGGAGCAGAAGCGGCAGCUUCAGAAACAGCAAGAGCUGAUCCUUGAACUGCAAGAAAAUCAGAGGCUGAGCAGAGCAAAAGAAGAGGCAGUGCAAGCCACAGCAGCAACCCAAGCACUUGACUCUGCUUCACAAACCAGGGAGAAAAAACUGAAAAGCAGAAAAGAAUCCAGGUGCCAGUAUACAACCCCUUUGAGUCCACGUGUUUCGUGUGAGCCAGAGAACACAAAGGCAGCAACGCAAGGCAAGAGGUCAGCUCAUCCCAUAGUGAAAGCUAUGGAGGAGAGAGCAAUUCAGCGGGCAGAACGGAGGAGGAAACUAGAAGAAGCUAAACAACAAAGAGAAGAGGAAAAAAUGGCUCAGCUGAAGGCUGAAGAGGAGGCACGUCAGAGGAAGGAGGCUGAGGAAAAGGAAGCUCAGCAAGAGAAAAGACGAGAGGAGAAGAGGCAGCAGAAGCUGAAAGAGCUGGAGAAGCAGAGAAGGCUGGAGAAAGAGCAGCAGCUCCAGAAAAAGGCCAGAGAUCACUAUGAGAAGGCCCUACUGAGAAAACUGGGAAUGGUGCCGUGGAAGAAGCUAAGGGAGCAGGCCAAGGAAAACAUGAUGGUGGCCCAAAGGCACUACUGCUUAAGUCUGCAGAGGAAAUGCCUGAUGAGUUGGUUCCAACACACCCAGGAGACACUCAUGGAGAAAGUGUCUCAGGCUGAGGACUUCUUCUCCCACACAUUGAUCAGAUGGUGCUUCAGGAACUGGCUAAAGUACAAAGUUUACCUCUCCACUCUGGAGAAGAAAGCAAGUGCUCUCCAUGCAGUCUGCCUCAAGAGGAAGUGUUUCUGGGCAUGGUUUGAUCUGAUCAUGGAGGAAAAAAGCACCUUAAGAGAGAAGCUGAAGAUUGCUACUGAACACUGUAACAAGAGACUCCUGCUUGAUGCAUUCAAGGCUUGGAGGGAGUACCCACUACUGAUGAAAAAGGAAAGAGAGAGAGAGGAAAGGAGGAACCAGCUACGAAGGAGAGUAGCUGAAAUUCUUCCUGACUUCCAAACAUGACAGAAGAAACUGAAAGGAGACUGGGAAGAUGGACAAGAGAUCUCAUUCUGUUCAGUGUUAUCUUUCUUCCAGUUGAAACAAAUUCAAGAUGAAGUUCUGUUCAGUGCAAAUGGUAGUCUUACAGCCAAAGCAAGUUCCCUGGGGCCAAACCAAGUGUAUAUGGAACCUAGUUUGAUGUUUUUACUUUGGACUUGAGGGAGAGUUCUUCCCCAUGAGAUUCUCCCAAGACGAAGUCUCCAUAGGGAUUUACGGGCUGGUAGCAGCAAGGCUGAGGUAGCCAUAGCAUUUCAGGCUGAGAAUGUUUCUGCACACAAAAGCUGCAACCCUGACAUUAAUCCACCCCCAUCUCAGGAAGCACAGAACUCAGAACUGAGAUGUACCUAUUAAGCAGAAACCUUGGUGCUUUUCCGUUGCCAGUACUCCACAGAACAACAAAUUGACCAGAGAGCAAACAGACUUGACUAGCAGCUGAUCCCUGCUAACCACUGCUGUGAACUUGGCCACACAAAGAACAGAUUUUAGCUAAUUGUGCCAGGGAAGUUUGGAUGGGAGGAGAAAGAGGAGCUGUUUGUGCAAAUCCUGUUUACUAACAGACUAGGCCACAGCAUCACAUAUGGAUAGUCUAAAACCUGGACUUUUACAGUGACUGUCUAGUUUGUAGUGUUGUCCAGUUCAGAGGCAUGGUGCUUUGAUUUUGGUAGCAAGUGGUUAUUCCAGGUUUAUGAACCUCUUAUGAUAGAAUGGCUUAGGUUAGAGGGGAUCUUAAAGAUCAUCUAGUUCCAACCCUCUGUCAACCAUCACAUCUGUCUGUUAAGAAUCCUAGCCAAUCUGGUCCUGUAUAUCUCCAGAGAUGGGGCAUCCACAGCCUCUCUGGGCAGCCUGUGCCAGUACACCUCACCACCCUCUGAGUAAAAUAAUUCUUCCUACCACCUAACCUGAAUCUGCUCUCUUUUAGUUUAAAGCCAUUACCCCUUGUCCUAUCACUAUAGGACUAUAUGUGUAAAAAGUCAGUCUCCCUCCUGCUUCUAAGCUUCCUUCCUGGAGCUUCCUGGAAGACCACAGUGAGGUCUCCCAAGAGCCUUCUCUACUCCGAGCUAAACAAGCCAAACUCCCUCAACCUUCUUUCAUAGGAGAGGUGCUCCAGCCAUUUGAUUAUCUUCAUGGUGCCCUCCUCAGGACCUGCUCCAACAGCUCUACAUCCUUCUUAUACUAGGGACCCCAGGCUUGGACACAGUACUGCAGAUGGGCCUCAUGAGUGUACAGUAGAGGAGAACAAUCCCCUUCCUCUCUCAACUGGCCAUUCCUCUUUGGGCGCAACCCAGGAUUCCAUUGGCCUUUUAGACUGCAAGCACACACCGAUGGCUCAUGUCCAGCCUUUUGUCCAUCAGGACUCCCAAGUCCUUCUUCACAGGGCUGCUCUUAAUGAGUUCUUCUCCUAGUCUGUACUUGUAUAUGGGAUUGCCUCCCUCCAAGCGCAAAACAUCACACUUGGCCUCGUUAAACCUCCUUAGAUUCUCAUUUGCCUACUUCUCAAGCAUGCCUAGGUCCCUCGGGAUGACAUCCCUGCCUUCUGUUGUGUCCUCUUGCUUCACGUCUGUCAUGUAAACAUUUUCCAGGCUGGUUCACUGUAAUAUUUAAAGAUUCAUUGUGCAAGUGUGUCUAGGCCCUUUCACUUGACCCAUACCUCAAACAAAAAAAAUACUGUUUUUACAUAAGCUAAAACUGACAUAAUCAAAAGGAAGGUUUUUCAUAACUCUAACCUUAACCUGCAGCAUAGUGCAGAUACAGUAAUGCAGCUAAGGUACAGUAUGUCUUUUCUCAGCAGUAGCAUAAGGGAGGAAUCUGGAAAUGCUUUCCCCUCCUCAUGAGAUAGGUGAAGUUGUCUCCAAAAUAGCUUGGCAAUAUGGAAAACACCAGGGCAAAGCAAGGAAGGUGGCAGUUUACUGUUACCCAUUGUACUGGAUAAUUUUCUUAAUCCUGUAUAUACAUUGAACGUUUUCAAUAAACCCAAAUCUGAAAUGAGCGUAACCAGGUUUUCAGUGUCAGUGUGACAGAAGCUGACUGAAUGGCACUAGACUGGAGUCUGUGUCUAGGGAACAUGGACCAGAGCUAAGCACCACUGAUUAAGCAGUGUAGGACAGGCCAGUUUCCGAAACUCAAGAAACUUCAAUUUCAGGAGAUAGUCUGUCCAGAGAGCCUCCCCUCUCACACAAGCUGGGCUGUCCAACUGACUGUCAUUGUCUUUCUGAAGAUGUCUGCUAUGUCUGGGCUGCCUCCCUCCCCAAAAUGUUAACAUCUACCACUCUCCCCACGGCAGAUGACAGACCUGACCACCAGCAGGUCAGAUGAGCUUGCUAUCCAAGUGCAGGGAGCUGAAGGUGCGUGCCCACACAGAGCGUGGGCGAGUACAGACCAUCUGGCUGCAUUAAAAGCAGAUUGCAAGAGGAAGCUACAAGCUGAGAGAGUUGAAUAACUCAUCUUGCAGAGGGGGAAAUAGGCACUGCAGAAGGGUGGUAUAUCUUGCAAAGGACUGAGCCAAGGAGGCUAGCCAUAGGCUAAGCAGAGCUGAAUCUCUCACAUGUUAAAAGGGUACGGCAUAGAACCAGCUGCUCAGGAGUGCAUCUGGUUUACUGAACUGUGGAUUCUUCCUCCAACAAUGCCAUAGUUGUGCAUUUUGUGCCCACUCACCAGCCAUGAAAAUAAUGCUGCUUCUGUAGAGCAUGACUGUACUUCAGGUGGGGGGGGGGAGGAGGGUGAGUCAGCACUUGCUUUUGAAGAGUAUUGAAGACAAAGACCAGUCUUAUCUUCUGGGGUUUUCUUCUAUUCUUAGUAGUUCUGACCAAGAUUCUCCCACUGUCCCAAGAUGCUCUUCUGUUGUAUUGUUCUAGCAGCAAAAAGCCAAAAGAAGAUCCAGGAAGGUGUACUUCAGCACCCGUUUUGUCAUUGCUGCAGCUAAUCCCAUUGAAAAAGGCAUUUUCACUUCGGUAUAACAGCAAAUUCAGAACCGUAAUCUGAUCACAAGCUGCCCUUCUCCUUAUCCCCAUUCAACACCUGCUCUGCUGAGUUCUUCCAUGUCUUCCCAAAAAUCCUUGACUACACCCAACACAAGUCUGGCUACUGCUGCUGAAAAGUCUUCAUUGUCAGCAAGCACAAAGCAAUCUUCAAAGAGAAAUUGCUAAACAGCUGAAAGAAGUGCCACCAGGCAAAUCAAAGCAGAGCUCUGGGAACAAUCAAAGGCACCUGUUACUCUAUUUUAUCAAAAGUCAUCUUGCCUUUCAAGAGAUGUGUCAUUUGAUCCUUCUGGUAUCUUGGGACAUGUCUUCCCACUACCUGCACAAAGAAUAUCCAUGUCAUUUCCAAGCAUGGCUUAGAAAAGAGUUUAAAGGAAAAAACUAUUCCUAUUCAGGGUUCUAGAUGCACUGCAAGGGCAGGUACAGGAGAGAAAGCAAGACAUUGGAUGGCAGGAUUCUAAAUUCAAGGCCCUGCUUCAAAUUCCCACUGGAGGGGGUAUUCCUAACUUCUACAGUGAUGAGAACUGCCAACCACGUCUGUUUCAUCCCAACGUGAAAAGACCUGAAAGUCAAUAGUUGAAGAACUGCAAGAAUAUCUAUUUCCAAAUGCCUCCUUAGCCUGCUGCUCCCUUGUUCCUAUGCCCACUUCACAGCUAAGUAGCCAGGAGAUGGUGGCACUUUUUGGAUGUUUGACCUGGCUGUGUGCAUUGGCAUAAAUCAACAGGCAACUUCACAGAUGAUUUCUGAUAAUUUAUUUUGAUUUAUAAUUGCAUCUAUUUGAAAUCAUUGGAUACAGUAUACUAUAGACACAUACACACGCACACACACCAGUCCUUUCAACAAAGCUCACAAAUGUUUCAUGAAAUUCUUCCUAAAACUUUGGCAGGGGGGAAAGAAAAACCAAAACAGAAACAAGAAGAUCUCACAAGACACACUCUACUCUCCAAGGCAGACAGUUCUUCCAGAGCAUGUCAUUCUUAGUACUGUAAUUAAAUGCGGUUCAUGAAGAUUUUGGGAGGCUGAAUUUCCACAUUUCAGGAAGAACCUCACCUGUCCAAAGAUUUCUGCUGUACAUACCAUAGUAGUGGAAGAAAAUCUUAAUAAAACAAGAGUUCUUCAUUGAAAGCAAUAUAGGAAAACAUCCAUAAUCACACACACUUUCUGCCCUAAUGAGGCAAUAUACAUUCAUAUAGAAGGAAAACAUCAAGCACAUUAUUAAGACAUUAGGCAAUGAGGCAGUAUCCAUUUUAACUGUAGAAGAACUUUUAUAGCAAAUGGUUUCCAUUAAGACACUUGAAAGCAACCUACUUCAGAAAAGCACCAUCAUAGCAUGAAGGUCAAAUAUGAUAAGAAAUCACAAGCAGCACCAACUUGGGCUCACCAGUGACUCUUGCCAUCUGAAGACAAGUUAAAUGGAGAAACAGUCUAUGUGAGGACCUGUGACUUGUCUACAGUAAGCAGCUCAGUUUAAGAUGACAAAGUUAAGAAUGCCAAGCCACCAUUUACACAGUGUAUCUAAUGGUGUACAGCUCUUAGUACAGUUACCAAACAACAGGGUGCUAGUAUUUGUACACAGGGGGCUUAACACUAGGACAGCAGCAACAUUAGAACCCUGGCCCUUCUAUAAAACCAAACCAGUCAUGAAAAAACAAAAGGUCAUGGUUAAAGCAAGAUCCACCCAUUUCUAAUUCUGGGUGAAGAAACAUCAAGGCUAGAUACCAUUCAAAUACUUCCCUGCUUCUUAUUAUCUCUGGGUACUCUCACACAGAAAACUCUGAAAUUACCAGCAGCAUACUGUUUUCUUAUUGCCACACUGAUGCAUGCUGUUUUACUGGUUUUACAGACUGACUCUCCAGCCCUACCAGGCUGCACUAGUUUUUAACAUUUUCCUCCUAGCACAGCCAACAUUGAGCUCAGCAACAAAAUUUAAAACAAAAAUUGCCCUUUCGUGCACAAGAUAUCACAGCAGUCUGCCUACAUUAUAAAUGAAACAGGAAACGUUGUCCUUAAAGGUCGUCUUCUUAAUUCUGAAGGCUAUUAAAAGAAGAGCUCCAGUGCAUACAUUUGAAGCUUUCAACACUUCCACCCUUUUAGACAGGGACGUAUCAUACUUUCCAUCUCUAAAGGUAUUCACAAGGUAAAUCCUCUCAGCGAGAAGCCAGGAGGAUAAACAAAAGCCAUGUCCUUAAAGAAAAAGCCACCACUGCUAUGCAGACUACAGUGAAGUGAGCUUCCUGCUCACUGGAAAGUCAGCACUGUGCUCUCCUCAUACAAAAACCCAGUCUUGCAAGCAUUAUAUUGUCCUGAAUGAUUCUGACUCCCUCUGGAUAGAUGCAAAAAUAGAACUUAGUUUAAGCACUUUACCCUAUAUACUGGUGUGGGCUUGAUCAAGCAUGGCAGGGUUACAAUAGUCCAAGGUCCUUGAUUCCUAAUUUGCACUCAAGUUCACACUGACAAUUCCACUGAGAAAGUCUUGGUAUAAGUAGUUUAAAUUUUCCCACACCAGAGCUCAUUAAAAAGCAAGGGACAAGGCUACACCGAUGUGCAGGCUGCAAACAAUGAAAAUCUACCCAUGGGAGAGAAUGAGUUCAGCAGGGUCAG